UACUCUGCUGUUGCUGUUACUGUUUCCCCCGAAGAUGGCGGCGUGUAGACGUGUUCAGCUGCUUCUUCUGUUGCUGUCUGUCACGGUCUCUGUGUGUUUCUCGCAGGCGCCAAAAGCAAAUCUAAAUGUCAAUGAUGUUAUUCAAGCCCAGAUUAAAAACCAGGGACCAGGGCAAGCGCCCAACGCGGGGAACCCGGCAGCCCCCGCUGCCGGGGCCUCCCAGCCCCGCCGGAUCACCGGCUGGAAGCUGGCUGAAGAGGAGGCCUGUCGGGAGGACCUGAUGCGGCUCUGCCCCAAGCACACCUGGAACAACAACCUGGCCGUGCUGGAGUGCUUGCAGGAUCGGAAGGAGGACACGGAGAUCGCUUCAGACUGCAAUCAUCUACUCUGGAACUACAAAUUAAACCUGACUACAGAUCCUAAAUUUGAAUCUGUUGCUGUAGAAGUCUGCAAGAGUACAAUUACAGAGAUUAAAGAAUGUGCAGAUGAAGACAGAGGCAAGGGCUAUCUAGUGUCCUGCCUGGUGGAUCACCGUGCCAACAUCACAGAAUACCAGUGCCACCAGUACAUCACCAAGAUGACUGCCAUCAUCUUCAGUGACUACAGGCUCAUCUGCGGCUUCAUGGGCAAGUGCAGGGAGGACGUCAAUGCACUCCGCUGUGGCAGCAUCUCCACUGGAGAGAAGGACAUUCACUCCCAGGGCGAGGUGAUCUCCUGUCUGGAGAGGGCUCUGGUUUUGGAGAUGGAGGAGCGGGAAAACCGUUAUGAGAUCAAAGAGGAGUGCAAGAAGGCCAUCCUGCGUGUAGCUGAGCUCUCCUCUGACGACUUCCACCUGGACCGAUACCUCUACUUCUCCUGCCGCGAGGACCGUGAGCGCUUCUGUGAAAACACGCAGGCUGGCGAGGGCAGAGUCUACAAAUGUCUCUUCAACCACAAGUUUGAGGAAUCCAUGUCCGAGAAGUGUCGGGAGGCACUAACGACGCGUCAGAAGCUGAUUGCUCAGGAUUACAAAGUCAGCUACUCUCUGGCCAAAGCCUGCAAGGUGGACCUGCGGAAAUACCGGUGCAACGUGGACAACCUCCCCCGUGCCCGUGAAGCCCGCCUUUCCUACCUGCUGCUGUGUCUGGAGUCUGCUGUGCACAGAGGCCGGGUGGUGAGUGGGGAGUGCCAGGGGGAGAUGCUGGAUUACAGGCGGAUGCUGAUGGAGGAUUUCUCGCUGAGCCCCGAGAUCGUGCUGAACUGCCGCGGGGAGAUUGAUCACCACUGCUCCGGACUUCACCGCAAGGGACGCACCCUGCACUGCCUCAUGAGACUGGGGCGUGGAGAGAAGAACAGCCUGGGGGCCACCUGCCAGCAAGCGCUCCAGACUCUGAUUCAGGAGACGGACCCUGGUUCUGAUUACAGGAUUGACAGGGCGCUGAACGAGGCCUGCGAGUCUGUCAUGCAGACUGCCUGCAAGCACAUCCGCACUGGGGACCCCAUGAUCCUGUCAUGCCUGAUGGAGCACCUAUACACAGAGAAGAUGGUAGAGGACUGUGAACAUCGCCUGCUUGAGCUGCAGUACUUCAUCUCUAGAGAUUGGAAGCUGGACCCCAUCCUGUACCGCAAGUGCCAGGGUGAUGCUGUCCGUCUGUGUCACACUCAUGGCUGGAACGAGACAAGUGAGAUCAUGCCACCAGGGGCCGUGUUCUCCUGCCUGUACCGCCAUGCCUACCGCACUGAGGAGCAGGGCCGCAGGCUGUCUCGGGACUGCAAGGCUGAGGUGCAGAGGAUCCUGCACCAGCGUGCUCUGGAUGUGAAGCUGGACCCCAUGCUGCAGGAGCGCUGUAUGACUGACCUGGGCAAGUGGUGUAGCGAGAAGACAGAGUCAGGCCAGGAGCUGGAGUGUCUGCAGGAUCACCUGGAGGAUCUGAUCAGUGACUGCAGAGACAUCGUGGGCAACCUCACGGAGCUGGAGUCUGAGGACAUUCAGAUUGAAGCUCUGUUGAUGAGAGCCUGUGAGCCAGUGAUCCAGGCCUACUGUCAUGAGGUGGCUGAUAACCAGAUUGACACAGGAGACCUGAUGGAGUGCCUGAUCCAGAGCAAGCACCAGAAGGAAAUGAAUGAGAAGUGCAUGGUCGGGGUCACCCACUUUCAGCUGGUCCAGAUGAAGGAUUUCCGGUUCUCCUACAAGUUCAAGAUGGCUUGUAAGGAAGAUGUAUUGAAGCUCUGUCCCAACAUUAAAAAGAAGGUUGACGUUGUGAUCUGUCUAAGCACCACAGUGAGGAACGACACUCUGCAGGACAUCAAGGAUCAGCGUGUCUCUGUCAAGUGCCGCAAGCAGCUGAGAGUUGAGGAGCUGGAGAUGUCUGAAGAUAUCCGUCUGGAACCAGAGCUGUAUGACUCCUGCAAGCAGGACAUCGGGAAGUACUGCCCGAAUGUACCUUACGGGAACGCCCAGGUGAUUGAGUGUCUGAAGGAGAAUAAGAAGCAGCUGACCCAGCGCUGUCACCAGAGAGUCUUCAAGCUGCAGGAGACUGAGAUGGUGGACCCUGAGCUGGACUACACCCUCAUGAGAGUGUGCAAGCAGAUGAUCAAGCGGUUCUGUGGCGAUGCCGACACGAAGAACAUGCUCCAGUGUUUGAAACAGAACAAGAACAGCGAGCUCAUGGACCCCAAAUGCAAACAGAUGAUCACCAAGCGGCAGAUCACCCAAAACACAGAUUACCGUUUGAACCCUGUGCUGCGCAAAGCCUGCAAGGCGGAUAUCCCUAAAUUCUGCCAGAACAUCCUGAACAAAGCAACAGACGGCAGUGAGCUGGAGGGACAGGUCAUUUCCUGUCUGAAGCUUAAGUACGCAGACCAGCGCCUCUCCCUAGACUGCGAAGACCAAAUCAGGGUGAUUCUUCAGGAGUCUGCCCUAGACUACAGACUGGACCCCCAGCUGCACAUGCACUGCAUGGAGGAGAUCACCAGUCUGUGUGCUGAGGAAGCUGCUGCCCAGGAACAGACUGGCCAGGUGGAGGAGUGUCUCAAAGUCAACCUGCUCAAGAUUAAACAGGACACCUGCAAGAAGGAGGUGCUGAACAUCCUGAAGGAGAGCAAAGCAGACAUUUUUGUGGAUCCAGUCCUCCACACAGCCUGCGCCCUGGACAUCAAACACCACUGCGCUGCCAUCCCACCAGGCAGGGGGCGACAAAUGUCCUGUUUGAUGGAGGCAUUGGAAGACAAGCGGGUCAGACUUCAGCCAGAGUGUAAAAAGAGACUGCAAGAUCGCAUUGAGAUGUGGAGCUAUGCAGCUAAGGUGGCGCCAGCGGAAGGCUUCUCCGAUCUGGCCAUGCAGGUGAUGGUUUCUCCCUCCAAGAACUACAUCUUGUUGAUGAUUGCGCUGUGCGUGUCCAUGCUUUUUGUGGUGGGGCUCCUGUGCGGCCGUCUCACCAAGCGGUUGACACAGGAACAAAAGGACAGGUAGAGGGGGGAGCCAGCCCAUCCACCCCCCCCCC